AUGUCACCAGACACUCUCAUCCACCAACUGCUUAUCAUAUGGAUCCGCACAUGGUCCUCGAUGAUAUCUUGCUUAGCGCUCAGGGACGAGUAUAAGAGCAACAAAAUGGUGCUUACGCCUAUAUUGACGACGCCAACCGGCGCCAAGGCAAGCUAUGUUUUGUGGUCUGCUAUGUGCCUCUACCACACUCCUAUCUUCACGAUUAUCCUACGCAAAACUUCGAUUAAGCUUGUCAUAAUGCCAACUGUCGAUGACGAGAAGGGGUACAAGAAUUGCCAGCCUCUCGCAGCGCCCGAAUCAUGCACGUUGGCCAUGUUUCCAGGAGUCGUGCGUCAAGAAACGGAUAGUCCUACGCACAAUGGCGCCGUACCGUCUUCACGAUCUUACCAGAUGCAUCAUCGCGGGCAUCACGUCUCGUUGACUGUGGACGACCGUUCGUGCACGAGGCGGGAGACGAACAGCCUGCGCAACAGUGGAGAUGCUCAGGAAGCAAACACGAUCUUCGACGGGAUGAAUGACAGACAUCGCCCGCCAACUUUGAUCGAGUAUCCGGCCAUUUCUCCCGAGGAACGACGUGACAUGAUGAAGACUGACAGGGGCGAAUACAUACCACGGAACGGUCAUCUUCGAGCCAACGAACCCACAAUAACCCCGUUGGAACUCCCACCCUCGGUGUUGCCUGUCUCAGAGAUGACAGCCCACCAAGCCGGACCCUACGUCUCUGAACGCGAUUUCGACAGAGCAUAUCUCCGACAUUAUUGCCGUCAUUGUUCCUGA